CCAACAACAUGGAGGACGAGGUGGAUGUUGAUAUCGAGGGAGAUGAGUUUGACAGCAACAUAAGUGAGCUGGAUGCAGGAGGUUUAGUCCAGGAGCAGCGGUUCAUGCAGUCUGCAUGGAAGAGCAGCGCGGGGAUACUGCCGUGGGAGCUGGACAGCUCCAUCAGCCCAGAGAACAGAGAGGUGAUAGAGAGGAUGCUGCUGGAGGAACAAUACUACCUGACAGGUGACGGGAUUCCUAACCAUAUUUGGGAAAGUGGCACUAAAAAUGAGCCCAAAGUGAAGAAGUCUCCAGCCAAGACGUCAGCCUCUGGCUCGUCCUCUCGUUGGUCCAAACAGGAGAAAGAGCUGUUUGAGGAAGGACUGGCUCAGUUCGGUCGAAGGUGGACUAAGAUUGCCAAGUUGGUGGGCAGCCGUUCUGUUCUUCAGGUCAAGAGUUACGCCAGACAGUAUUUCAAACACAAGGCUAAAUCAGAACCCAGAGCUGCAGCUCCCUCUGCAGGUCCUGCGCUGCAUCUGCAGCCUCCUCAGCCUACCUCCAGUCAUGCGUCCACUCUGACAAACACUGUCCGCAUAGAGAAGCUCUCUGAUGAAGAGGACGAGGAGGUGGACAUCACUGACGACCUCAGCGAUGAUGACGACAAACCAAAAAUCAAAUCUGAGCUCUGUGAGCCAGAACAGCUAACGGGCGCUGAGAUACAGACAGACGCAGAGCAGAAAGAAGACGGUCUUACUGAGACAAAGGACCAACCCAGCCACACCUCGCUGUCUCCACAAAGUCCUCAACCUGCGUCUUCCCCCCCCUCCUCAGAGAAGACUGGUGUGAGUGGGUUAGAUGAGAAAGACAGUGAAACAGUAUCACUACCUCCAAAAUCUUGGACAAACUCGGAGGAAAUGACUCAUGACAAUGAAGGCCAGAGCUCCCAGUCUGAAACUUCAGCACAGACUGGUCGACUGGAAGACACUAGUGACGGCACAGAUGCUGCUGAUAAGACGGAGCAAAGUCCAGCUGAUAGACCAGAGGACGACCAGGAGGAGGAGGAGGACGAGGAGGAGGAGGAGUUAAAGGCACCUGAGCAAGAAAUGGAGAUGGACAUGGAGACCAUCACGGAGGACGAGAAACAAGCUAUCUCAGAGUUCUUUGAGGGACGACCAUCCAAGACCCCUGAGAGAUACCUCAAGAUCCGAAACUACAUCCUGGAUCAAUGGUUGAAGAGCAAACCCAAGUACCUCAACAAGACAUCGGUGCGCCCUGGACUGAAGAACUGCGGAGACGUCAACUGCAUCGGGAGAAUACACACCUACCUGGAGCUCAUUGGAGCCAUCAACUUUAACUGCGAGCAAGCGGUUUAUAAUCGCCCAAAGGUGGUGGACCGCUCCAAGAAUAAGGAGGGCAAAGAUGUGCUUGAGGCUUACCAGCUCGCCCAGAGACUGCAGAGCAUGCGGACCAGGAAGCGCCGUGUGCGGGACAUAUGGGGAAACUGGUGUGACUCUAAAGAUUUGGAGGGACAGACGUAUGAGCAUCUCAGUGCCGAGGAGCUCGCUCUGCGGAGAGAAGAGAUGAAGAAGCAGCCUAAACCCUGCAAGAUCUCCAGAUUCAGAGGGUCUUUUGAUCCGUUCCAGCUGAUUCCCUGCAGGUCUUUUGGAGAGGAUGUACAGGAACCAUUCCGGGUUGUUGUGUGUGCAGAGACUCUCCUCAUAAUGGAUAUGCACGCCCACGUGUCUCGGGGGGAAGUCAUCGGCCUGCUCGGUGGAACUUUUAGUGGGGAGAGAGUGUUAAAGAUCUGUGCAGCAGAGCCAUGCAACAGUGUGAGCACAGGCCUGCAGUGUGAGAUGGACCCGCUGUCUCAGACACAGGCCUGUGACGUGCUGUCGUCCCUGGGCUUCAGUGUGGGCUGGUACCACUCACAUCCCACCUUCCACCCCAACCCUUCGGUACGGGACAUAAACACACAGGACCAGUUCCAGAGUUAUUUCUCACGCGGCGGAGCCCCGUUCAUCGGGAUGAUAGUGAGCCCGUAUGACCCAGCUAACCCCUCCCCCCUCCACUCCCAAACUACCUGCUUGUUGGUGAAAGAGAGCCAGGAGCCUUCAGGCCCACAGAAGCUGCCCUUCAGAUUCGACUUCCUGUCAUCACAAGACGUUCCAGACUGGGAACAGACGUCGAGGAGAGCUCAGUGGAUCAUCCACAAAUACAGUCAAACACCGGGGAGUGUGCAGAUGGACAGAUUCUUCCGGAAAGACUCCCAUCUCACCUGUCUGGAGAAGAUGCUGUCGUCUCUGGCGAGGUACCUGGAGCCCCUCCCAGAAGAAGAGGGAGACCCCUUCCUCACCGAGAUCCAGGCGCUCUUCCAGUCCGACUUCAUUGCCAAGCAGCAAUCAUGUGACCAGGAAGAAGGGGAAUCUUUAAAUAUCUCAUCCAGACCAGUGGACUCAGAUGACUUUGCUUUUGAUCAGCUGAUCAGUGAGGAGAGGCCUCAGGAGGAAGGAAGAGUCUCUGAUCCGGAUUCUGGCAGAACUUCAGACGGCAGAGUUCAGCCUCCCACACAGACCACAGACACGACCUCAGAGACUGUGUUACAUCUGGGCUCCGUGCUGUCGACUGAACAUGACUAUUUACUGUGAUGGACCACAUGUCUGAUUGUACUUAAUGCA